AUGGGUUUCUUCGGUUGGGAAAAUUCCCAGAGGGAUCACGAGAGGGUAUACGGUGACCAACCACACGAAGGCAAGCUCUCUCACGAGUUGAUUGCCGGUGCCGCCAGCUUCGAAGCAUUCAAGGCCUUUGAAGACCACCGCCGCUCCGAGGGAAAGCCAGUGUCUCACGCUUUUGCCAAGGAAGCUCUCGUUGGCCUCGUCGGUGCCGAAAUUGACAAGCUCGCUGAAACCAAAGGGCUUGACGCAUAUGAUCGCCACGAGGCCAAGAGACACGCCCAAGAGAAUGUUGAAGGCAUGUACCAACAGCACUACGGUGGCCAGGAGCAGUACGACCCUAACUACGGCCGUCCUCGAUACUGGUAG